AUCACACCUAGCGAUUCUUUGCAACAAUAUAAUUUAUAUUCAAGCGGAAAAAGUCUUGAUACCAUUGAUUUCUUUGUAACCGCUUUUACGUAACAAAACGUUCUUCCAUUGUUGAUGACCCGAUUGCCCGAUGCAAUUAAAUAUAGCCGGACAUAAUGAAGGCAACGUCGUAAUUCGCAGGCAGUCUCGUAUUUCCAUACAGCGAACGCUCGCGCAGUUAUCGUAUAAAUACUUUUAUUGUGGGCUUUUUUUCUGCGCUGUUUUAAAUGUUACUCUUUUUGCGAGUCCGGUUUUGCUUUGGACGAGGUUUUACGCGGCUAAGCGAGGUGUAAUCCACCGCAUUUAGGCAUACUAUCGAUCAUAAGGCAAUAAGGAAGCGAGGAGGAACGUUGAAACGGCGAAAGGGAGCGGGAGAGAAACGUCUGUUCUGGCAACGAAUUUCGGUGUAUACCUAUCAGUCUUCGACGGGGAGUCCGCGACAGUGUCCGCGCGGUUUCGCUAUGUUCGGUUCCACACGUGAAUGUCCGCAGUGGUGCAGUGCGCACACAUAAAGAUCUAUAUUUCUUCCUCAUAUACGUCUUCUCCUUCUACAUCUUUUUCCGCGCGUGAUCAUUAACGGGAUAAUUACCUUUAGUCGUAUUUGUCUUGCGUUUAUUUCUUUAUUUUCGUCGCGUUCAGGAAUACACGUUCUGCCUCUCGAUUGAUAAUUUGCGUGUAGCGUAGUUAUUAACCGGCGGGAUAUGCAUGAAUCGAUCACCGAUUGACGUAAACGUGAUUUUGCGUUUCAUAACAGAGGAUAUUACAUAUAGUAGAAGGCUAAUGUAAAAACGGAAUAAAACGAAAUGUAGCAAUGUAAUACUCGUACAUUGAUAGCUGCAAGUGAAAUUGUAUGUACAGGAUAGAAUUUCUAAUAUAGAUCUGAAGUAUCGACGUUAAGAUUUCCUAGAUCUUAAUCGAUAGAUUACAUCAAACUUUGGAAAGAAAUUACUAAAAAAUAUUCGUAGAAAAACUAAAGAUAUGUUAAAAGUUAAAAAUAUAUUGAAGCUAAAAAGAUGACAUGCACCUAUUUUUAUGGUGAAAUAAUAUACGGCAGAUUGAAUGGAAGCAUCAAUUUAAUAGUAAAAUAUAAAUGAAAGAUACCUACGCAAGUCGUGGUUAGAAUUUAUUCAACGGAAUUAAUACAUUCAACAAAUUAUUAUACAAAAUUUUGAUAAUAUAUCAUCCUCUCUCUAAUUGAGAAAUAUGCACUGCAGUUUGCUUUCGUAUACCAAACAGAUUUCUGUGGUGAAAUUCGUGUAGUGUGAAUAACGCUUUCGGUCAGAACACGCAGAUAUCCAGAUUCCGUACGCGAUACGUAUCAUAUGCAUGACCGGAUUACGAAAUGUUAUAUGAAUAUUAUACAAUAAAUUUUAGAUUAAUUUCCACGUAAUAAGGUUUUACAUGAUUGCUCUAAACAAGAGCAAUCAUUAAGGCAAUCGCAUAAACGUUCUUGACCUUGCUUAAACUAUUCCUUCAUCAAUAACCUAUAGGAUUCGUUUUACUUAGGAAUAUAACGAUACUCGUGUUGCAGAAAAUAAUUAUUACUCAUUACGCUUUAUAAUCAUAUAUAAAUUCAAAAUUACAAAGUCUUUCAACGAUCUAUCAGUUUGCAAUUAUAAUCAAACAAAAAGCUUUGUAGUUAUCAGAGGUACUCUAACAGUUAAUGCGUGAUGAAUAGCAUUCGAUAAAUCCAAUAUGUGAUUAGUCAUCGUAAUUAAUCAUCGUUAAUUCUAUUACUCUUCAAAUCUGAUCUCCUGCACAAUUCGUUCGUAGUUGGCUCACGAAAGUUGAUUGAUGAACGGCUUGUUUUAAAGUCAUGAGCUGGAAAGAGUCCGCCUAACGAGAACGAGGCAAGCAACGACUUAACUUUCGGUCUCAUCUGUACAAAUGGCUACCCUUUUCUUUUCAGAGCCGGUUUUCUCCACUGACGCGUCCAUUUUAUCCUUGACACCGACAUUCGAUUCAGCCUUCAGCAGAAAAUCGUCAAGCGAUAAAAAAAAUUGGUUCUCGCUUACUGAUGGAAAUUUAUGAUAUCUCGGCAAUUGGUUAAUAUUAAAUACACACGUCUCACGCUGCUUUAAUAGCGUAUGUUCACGGUUUUCGCGAUUUGAUCGACACAUGUGCGUUUUAUGAAAAUUAAUCGUUCGCGUGAAUCUCAUCCAGAGUCCGUCGAAUCCCCCAACGAACACGAGGAAUAAAUGUCGUCACCUCUUGUUAUCGUCGCAUAACAACGUUGGUUGGCGAUGUAUUCCCCUAAAGCCGUUCACCAUCAUGUGGCGACACCGACUACGUAUAUUUUACGAUGUCUCGUGGUUGUCACUAUGAUCGCCGCUGCGGCCACAUUUUUACACUUUAACAAUUACAGGCCCAAACAAACAUUCCUCUCCUGUGACAGACCGUGUCAUCACUUGGAUUGGCCUAUGAUCUGCCGGGUGAAACUCACAUUAGAAGUCUUCCAAUCGCUCAGCAAAUCAUGCGGUGACUGUCCAUUGAAUCAGACAGCUUGCUUGGCCAAUCAUUGCGUUUCCACGGAUGGACAAAGACGGGGUAUACUUACGGCCAAUCGUCAAAUGCCAGGACCCAGUAUUCAGGUUUGUGAAAACGAUAUCCUAGUGGUGGAUGUAAUAAAUCGUCUUCCUGGUAAAGCAGCAGCGGUGCAUUGGCGUGGACAAACACAAAUGGAAAUGCCUUACAUGGAUGGCACACCGUUGGUCACGCAAUGUCCAAUACCAAGUUACACCACUUUCCAAUACAAAUUUCGCGCUUCUACAGCUGGCACGCAUCUCUGGCAUGCGCAUGCAGGGGCUGACGUCAUGAAUGGCAUUAUCGGAUCGUUAAUCGUGAGACAGGCAGAUCUGCGGGAACCCCAUCGCGCCCUUUACGAUAUCGACGAUCCUAAUCACGUGGUCCUAGUGACCCAGUGGCAACAUUCGCCGGAAGUAUCGUUUAAUCAGGGUUACUCGAAACCGGCGAUUCUUUUGAUCAACGGGAGGGGUCGCCAGCCCAACGGACCCGCGGUUCCUCUGAGCACGUUCACGGUCAUUCCAGGACGACGUCACAGAUUUCGCGUCGCCAAUGCCGGUGGUGCCGGUGCAUGCCCGGUGACUCUUUUCAUCGACGGCCAUCCGCUUCUUCUGAUCGCGCUCGACGGACAUCCUAUAGAGCCGCGACAAGUCGCCUCGAUUACUCUGGCCAAAGGUGAAAGGGCGGACUUUGUCCUCAAAGCGAGCAAACGCAUCGGUUCCUAUUGGAUGAACGUGCACACGGCGAAGGAAUGCGGAACGAGCGCGAUAAAUGGCGCGGCGAUGCUCAACUACAAGGGCAAUUCGGAAAAUCCUGCUGCAACGGCGGAAGCUAUCGAUCAGGGCGACGUCGACGAGAUAGGGACGAACCGGCUGGCGGCCGUGACAACGAAUCCCGCGGAGAAAUGCGGCGACCGGGAGAAUUUGUGCGCCAUGGACAUCCAAAAUAUCCGCAAAAUGCCGCAGAUCCUGGCCAAGCCCAGGAUGGACGUAACGCUGUAUCUGCCGAUUAGCUAUAAGAUGCAAGCGACGGAACUGAUAGGUAACGGCGGGACGGAGGCGCGGAUGUUGAACGUGAACAACGUCACUUUCACGUUCCCGUCCUCGCCGCUGUUGACCCAGGGGGAGGACGUGUCCCCGGGGAUGCUGUGCACCAACAGCGACAACGAGGACGAGCUCAAUGACAGCAACGAGACCGUGUCGCGGCGCCGGUGCCGUCAGGCCGGCGACGUCGGCGCGGGCGACAUAUGCGAGUGCGUGCACGUGCGCCACGUGCCGCUCGGAGCGACCGUCGAGAUUAUUCUCUUGGACCAGGGUGGUCUGGAUGAUCUAGUUUAUCACUUACACGGCUACAGUUUUUACGUGGUGGGCGCCCGGCAAUUUGGGCGAAGUAUGUCACUGCAAGAGGUGAAAAAACUCGAUGAGAGGAGGCAGCUAUUUUCGCGGAAUCUCGAUUGCGCACUAACCAAGGAUACCAUCAUUGUGCCCAAGUUCGGUGCCAUCGCGCUGCGGUUUAAAGCCGACAAUCCAGGUUAUUGGAUGUUGCGGGACGAGCAUGCGGCCGAUUGGACUCGUGGUUUAGAUAUUAUCCUGCAAGUUGGGGAACCUAGCGAAAUGAUAGCCGCGCCACAAGACUUUCCCAAAUGUGGAUCCUUCGUUGGACCCGAUUACUUCCUUAUAUAGACUGUUUUGAAUAUAUCGUUGAAUAUAUAUAAUUGUAUAUAAUUGUAUAUAAUAAUAGCGCUUCAGAAAGGAACCUAUAGUCUUGAGACAAAAACGAUUUUUAUGAUUAAAUAUCCACUUAUGUUAUUCGCUAAAUCGUUUGGAAACCAUCCAAUAUAUUUUCUCGGAAAUUCUCGCGUCAUCAUAAUUAUUUCCUCGGCAAAAUUUUAAUUAAAUGUCAAUCUCUUUACAACCCAUCCAUUUUCAACUUCGAGGAACUUGAUAUUGAUUUGUAAUUUAAAUUAUAAUUUUACCAUUAAUAAAUUUUGUUUCAAAGAA